AUGGAAAGAGGUAACCCAGAAUCAAAGGGAUACGGGCCGUUCCGCCACACCCUGGAAGUGGGUGAAGCGAAGGAGUGCUACUGGGACAAGCAAUCUGGCGAGAGUGAAGUGGGACGGAGCUCCCGGGCCACUGCCGAAGCUUCUGGCGCUAUGGCUGCUGCUCCGGUCGAUGUGUCAGUCCAGAUGAAGCGCAACACUUCGUCGACUGGCAGCGCAGCGCUUAUUACCGGCUCGGCGGUGCGCAAAUACAAACUCAAGAAUCCAUUCAAGCAUGAAAUGAUGGAUUGGGUGGACGAGAACGCGGCAGAGAUCAUCAAGCCUCGGCGUCGUCGUCACGAGAUCAGAGACCGUGGACUGUUCGUGAUUAUGGCUGUUUGGGUCACCGAUGAGUGUGCAGUCAAGCUCACUACUGGGAAAAAAAGCGAUGUUGAUUUGUCACUGGAUUUGGGAGCUACCGGAAUCGGUAAGGUAGGCGGCGGUAUUGGAGCCUAUGACAAGCUCAGCAGAGAAAACUGGUCCACAUACCCUCCAGACAAGACCAAGAAUGGCUACGUCGUCUCGUUUGCAGGCGUGGAAUACUCUCUCAAGUGGCUCGCUAAGAAACGAAGUGUGGUAUGUGCCUUUUUCCUAUGGGAUGCUUGCUGUGAAAAUCAACUGACCAAACCAAUUCAGCCUGUCGACGUAGAAAGACAGACAAUCAGUUUACCUGUUCCCAAACCCAGGCCGAUCGAUGUUACACCUGAGACACAAGAGACGUCGGAGUCGGAAGCCGAUAGCGAGGGAGAGGAUGCGGGAGAAAACGUGUGCAAUGCGUUUGGGAUGGAUGAUAGUGAUGAUGAGGCAGAGCAGGAGCAUGCACAACAGCAAGCAGAUGCUAUAAAAGCGGUGUUUGAGAAGCUUGCGCAAAUUCGGCAGAUCGAAAACGAAGAGCAGAGGAAAGAGGAGAUGAUAAAGUUGGUGAAGGAGGAUUUGCAGGCUCGGGCUAUUAUCGGACAGUGGCUUCAGGACCAGGAAGCUCAGGAUUAAAUUGGAUAUAAAGUAUGCUUAUAUCAUCGAUAUAUGCGUCUUUAUGAACUGGUUAUCUGGACGCAUAUAUGAGAUGGUAGAUUCAUCAAUUUUCGUUCAAUGUGACCAUCUGUUCCAUGUCAUGCUAAACAAGAGGUAGUAAUUAGGUCACUGAGAUACGCAUAGGAACUCGGGAGCUAGGUCGACCAAAAC